GAGAAGCAAGCUGAGGCGUCCAGGAAAGAAAGGCUCACGAAUAGCAUCCGUACAACUGUGCGCCACGCGCCACUACCAGAGCGUCCCGGCUGCGGCGGCAACCGCUAUAAACCCUAACCUCCCAACGCCACUCCUCCGCCGCGUACAACUUCAGCCAUGACUUUCCAACGCUUCUACGCCGCCUGGUUCGACCAAUUCCGCCACACCAUCCAUCAGCUCACCAAUUCCGCCGCCGCCGACGACCACCACCGCCUCCAGCUCGUCCACAAGACCGUCGACCACUACUCCGGCUACUACCAGGCCAAAUCCGCCGCCGCCAAGCACGACGCCCUCGCCUUCUUCGCGCCGCCGUGGACCACCGCCCUCGAGCGGUCCCUCCUCUGGAUCGGCGGCUGGCGUCCGACCACCGCCUUCCACCUCCUCUACACCGAAUCCAGCAUCCUCUUCGAAUCUCAGGUCGCCGACAUCCUCCGCGGCGUCCACACCGGAAACCUCGGCGACCUCUCGCCGGCGCAGUUCCAGCGCGUCAGCGAGCUCCAAUGCGCCACCGUCGGCCACGAGAACGACAUCUCCGACGAGCUCUCCGAUUGGCAGGACAACGCGUGCGAUGUGGUGGGGAUGUGCGGAGAUAUCGAGAGCAAGAUGGAGAGACUGGCGGCGAUUCUCGACAAGGCCGAUCAGCUCCGUCUCAAGACCAUUAAAAGCCUGGUGGAGCUUCUGACGCCGCAGCAGGCGGCGGAGCUGCUCGUCGCCGCCGCCGAGCUGCACUUCGGAAUCCGCGCUUGGGGAAUUCAGCACGACGGAAACCGCCGCCGCCGUAAUAUCUGACUCAUAAUAUAUAUAUUUAUUUAUGUUUUAAUUAUAUUAUGAUAAUUUGGGUAAAAUGAAUAUUCCGUAUAUUAGUGGGUGAAUUAAUCAUUUUAUUUAUGGGUAAUAAUUCGAAUGAGAACAAGUUUAAUAAGCAAUUUUUUUUAUGAAAUUAUUUAACACUAAUAAUUUAUAUAAGAAAAUAUAUUACAUUAAAUAAUUAAUUUUGUUAAAUUUUGAAAAUUUACUGUUGUGAAAUACAGAGAAACAGUUGAACAUUUGCAUGCAUGGUGACACGUAUCGUUAUCACAAUCAUGUGUGAUGACAAGUGGAUAUCAGUGUACUGUAUUAUUU